AUGUCCAGCAUACCAACGCACAAGUCAGCAGCAAGCAAAGAUGCCCUGCCUCCGCCGGGCAGCGGGCUGCGGUACCCCACGAGCGGCAAGACGAUCUACCACCGCCCAUUGAACCGGUCGCGCACCUCGGAGCUCAGCCAGUCCAGCUUCGCGUACCUCUUCUCCGAGAUGGUCAGCUAUGCGCAGCGACGGGUGACGGGCAUCCAGGACCUAGAAAAGAGGCUCAACGUCCAGGGCCACCCGAUAGGCCUUAAGCUCCUCGACCUCCUCCUCUACCGCGAGCCGCCCCGGCAGCAGGCCCGCCCGCGCGACAUCAUCACCCUGCUGCACCUCAUCAAGAUCCAGCUGUGGACGCACCUCUUCGGCCGCCAGGCCGACCAGAUCCAGCGCUCGAGCAACCCGGACACCCCCGACGAGUACAUGAUCAUCGACAACGAGCCCCUCGUCAACGCCUACGUCAGCGUGCCCCGCGAGAUGUCCCAGCUCAACUGCGCCGCCUACGUCGCGGGUAUGAUCGAGGGCGUCUGCGACGGCGCCGGGUUCCCCGCGCGCGUCACCGCCCACAGCGUCGGGGGCCAGCACGCCGCGGGCGGCGAGGGGGCGGGAGGCGCCGGUGAUGCUGGGGCUGGGGCGGCUGCGGCGGGUGCGGUGCAGGAGAUGUGGCCUGGCAAGACGGUGUUCCUGGUCAAGUUUUCUGGGGAGGUGCUUGAGAGGGAGGCGUAUCUUGGUGUGGCCAAGUGA